ACCGGGCCCGAGUUAGAAUGACGCGUCCUUAGCCAGAUGGACCACGCCCACUCCAACAUAGCCCCUCCCCCGACACAGUGUCCCCGCCCCUCGGUGAGUGCACGGUAGAGCCGCCGCUGGCCGGAGUUGUGGAUCGCUGCCCGGGAGCGGGCUGAGAGUACACCGCAAGCGGGACACGAGCAGCACCGCCUGGCUGGAUUGGCAAAGCAUCCGCGGCCGAGUCUCGCACGUUACUUCCCCGCGCUCCUUCCAGGCUGUGAGCGGCGAUCACUGUGCGGAAGUCCCGGAUCCCUGCAGGGGGAGCUGCUCCGCUGUGCCCUGGGGUGGUGUGCCUGCACCGGGGGCGCCUGUAACUUUCCCGCUGUGUGCUCUCCCCAUGGAGGGGAAGUUUGCGCUGCCGCGGUCUGAGCUGCGGGGCCAGGGCAUGUGACAGCUGGUGCCCGGGGCUGUGUGCAGGUGUGACGGUGUGUGCGCCGGGGGACCGCUCGCUGCUGUGACCCGGAUUGUUGCGGAGCUGGCUCUGCGGGGGACCAUGAAGCUGAGCCGGCAGAUCACGGUGCUCGGCAGCGCUAUCUUCUGCGUGGUGAUCUUCUCCCUCUACCUGAUGCUGGACCGGGGGCAGUUUGACCAGCCCAAGAGCCCCCACAGAGAGGGGACCUUCCCCAAGGGUCAGCUGUCAAUAUUACAAGAGAAAAUUGAUCACUUGGAGCGUCUACUGGCAGAAAAUAAUGAGAUCAUUUCUAAUAUAAGAGACUCUGUAAUCAACCUGAGCGAAUCUGUGAAAGAUGGGCAGGAAAACCCAGAAGCCAUAAACAUUAGUAGUGGAUCAUUUUCUCAGCUAUUACCCUCUGCACCUGCAUUGCUUUCAAUCAAUAAGGAGGAUUGCCAGUUUGCUGUUUCGAGUGGCAGUCAAAAAUCGCAGGUCCAGAUGCUGGAUGUAUACAAAAUUCUUCCAUUUGAUAAUCCAGAUGGUGGAGUGUGGAAGCAAGGGUUUGACAUAACCUACGAUAAACAGGAAUGGGAUAAUGAGAUACUUCAGGUUUUUGUGAUUCCUCACUCCCACAAUGAUCCAGGCUGGCUGAAAACCUUUGAUGACUAUUUUAGAGACCAGACACAACAUAUUCUUAAUAACAUGGUUGUGAAGCUACAAGAAAAUAAAGAGCGGAAAUUCAUUUGGUCUGAGAUCUCGUAUUUCGCCAAAUGGUGGGAAGGAAUUGAUAACCAAAAAAAAGAAGCAGUUAAGAAGUUAAUCGAGUUGAAACAGCUUGAAAUAGUUUCAGGUGGAUGGGUUAUGCCGGAUGAAGCUUCCCCUCACUAUUUUACUUUGAUUGAUCAGCUAAUAGAAGGACAUCAAUGGCUGGAGAAAAACCUUGGUGUCAAACCAAAAUCUGGUUGGGCUGUGGACCCAUUUGGGCAUUCACCAACCAUGGCUUAUCUUUUAAAACGCUCUGGGCUGUCUAACAUGCUCAUCCAACGAGUUCAUUAUUCAAUAAAGAAGCAUUUUUCAGCAAAAAAGACAUUAGAAUUUUUUUGGAGACAAAACUGGGAUUUGGGAAGUAACACCGACAUUCUGUGCCAUAUGAUGCCUUUCUACAGCUAUGACAUCCCUCAUACAUGUGGUCCUGAUCCAAAGGUCUGCUGUCAGUUUGAUUUUAAGAGACUACCUGGAGGCAGAAUCAGCUGUCCCUGGAGAGUGCCCCCAGAGCCCAUAAAUGAUGACAACGUAGAACACAGAGCUGGAAUGAUUUUAGAUCAGUACAGAAAGAAGUCUAAGCUCUUCCGCACUAACGUGCUUUUGGUCCCACUGGGGGAUGACUUUCGCUACAGUGACAGCUCUGAGUGGGAUCAGCAAUACCAGAACUACCAGAAGCUGUUUGAUUACAUGAACUCUCACCCUGAGCUCCGGGUUAAGGCACAGUUUGGUACACUGUCUGACUAUUUUGAGGCUCUGAGAAAGGUUACCAAUAUUGACGAAUCCAGCAGUCCAUCAUUUUUUCCAGUGUUGAGUGGAGACUUCUUCACCUAUGCAGACAGAGAUGAUCACUAUUGGAGUGGGUACUUUACCUCCCGGCCUUUCUAUAAACGACUAGAGCGAGUAAUGGAAUCCCACCUGAGAUCUGCUGAAAUACUCUAUUCUUUAGCACUUGUACAUACUCAAAGGACUAGCAAACUGCAGGCGUUUCCAUCAGGAGAACAUUAUAAAUUAUUGACAGAAGCCAGGAGAAAUUUGGGACUUUUCCAGCACCAUGAUGCAAUCACUGGAACUGCAAAAGAAUGGGUAGUGGUUGAUUAUGGCACAAGACUUUACCAUUCUCUGCUGAAUCUGAAGAGGGUGAUUGUAGAUGCAGCACACCUCCUCAUUCUUAAGGAUAAAGACACCUACAGCUUCAAUCCAUCAGCUCCAUUCUUCAGUAUGGAUGAUGUGCAGAAAACGCAGGAUGCAUUACCCCAAAAGACUGUCAUAAAAGUGACUGGGCAGCCAAGGUCUCUUGUCCUUUUUAACCCCUUUGAACAAGAGCGUUUCUCUGUGGUGUCAGUCUACGUAGAUUCAGCAAAAUUAAAAGUUCUAAAUGCUGCAGGAAAAGCCGUAAAAGCCCAAAUUAGUGCUGUAUGGGAUGGAGCUACGGAUAUGUUCAGUGACACUUACCAGGUUUCAUUUUUGGCACAUUUGCCCCCUCUUGGCCUAGCUGUCUACCAGAUUGUGGAAGCUGAGAGCGCGAAAGUGGUGAAGGCUGAAUAUACCCUCUUUGUUAGAGAGAAAAGUAACAAAAUCAGAUCUGAUGGACUCUUCCAUGUCAAUGAGCUGGACAACAUUGUCAAUGACUUAACCAUUGAGAAUACCUACCUGAAGCUGUGGUUUUCCCAGACAUCGGGACUCCUGGAGCAAAUGAAAGUAAAAGAUGAUGGAAAAACUCACAAUGUGAAGGUGGAGUUUACUUGGUAUGGCACUACAAACAGCAGAGAUAAGAGUGGGGCCUACUUGUUCCUGCCUGACAGCGAAGCCAAGCCCUAUGUGUAUGAUCCACCAACUGUACGUCUCACCCAUGGCAAUGUUUUUAGUGAAGUUGUUUGUUUCUUCAAACAUGUGACUCACACAGUGCGACUUUACAAUGUGCCAGGCGUUGAAGGACAGUCUCCUGAAAUAACGAAUGUUGUGGACAUCAGAGGAGAAUUCAAUCGUGAGAUCGUAAUGAGGAUCACGUCAGACAUAAACAGCCAAAAUAGGUUUUACUCCGAUCUAAAUGGAUACCAGAUCCAGCCACGACAUACUCUGAGCAAAUUACCUCUACAAGCUAAUGUAUAUCCAAUGGCUACAAUGGCUUACGUUCAGGAUAAUGCUAGCCGCUUAACCCUGCAUGCUGCACAGUCUCUUGGUAUUGCUAGUUUGAGAAGUGGUCAGUUAGAAGUUUUCAUGGACCGUCGACUGAUGCAGGAUGAUAACCGUGGUCUUGGGCAAGGUCUUCAAGAUAACAAAAUCACGUUUAAUUUGUUCAGACUUCUUCUGGAGCAAAGAGCUGGAGUAGAUGAGGAUGAAGAAAAAAAAUCAACCAGCUAUCCAUCUAUGUUAAGUCACAUUACAUCAUCGUUCAUAAACCUGCCUGUGAUCCCAAUGGCUGUGACAGCAGAUAUUGGUGCUCCUUCACUACUAAAUGCCUUCUCUCCACUAAUGUCUUCAAUGCCUUGUGAUGUGCACUUUGUUAAUUUGCGGACUAUUCAAGCCAAGGUGGGGCCAUCAGAAGAGGCGGCUCUUAUUCUCCACAGAAAAGGAUUUGACUGCAAAUUCGCAAACAAAGAUCUUGGAAUGUAUUGCUCUACAUCUCAGGGAAAGAUUCCAGUUCAUCAGUUUUUUAGUGGUUUCAAAGUUGAGAGCCUGAAACCAUCCAGUUUAUCCUUGAUGUACUCAUCUUCAGACACUCUCAACUUAAGUGCAAUUGAAAUGAACCCCAUGGACAUCAGCACAUUCCGAAUAAAACUGAGAUGAACUUGGAAAGCGCAACAUGCAAUAAAGAAGCACAUUGUUACGCCAGCUCCUGGACACUAAUGAUUUGCUUUCACGUUUUUCUGUGGAAAACACCUCCAAGGAAAGCCAUGUUUUAACCACCAUCUGUUGCAUAGUAUAUGGAGAACAAAAAAUGUUUUGUUCAUUUUUUUUUGUUUUGUUUGUUUUUAGCCUGAGAGAAAAGCUUAGCUUCUGUUUUCUCGGGUUUAAUGGGUUAAUGAUUUGCUUUCUUCAUGUUUGUCUCAUUAAUUUAUAAAAUCAAAUUCUGCAAAUGAAGAAAUAUGCUUUAUAAGAUAUAUAUUUGAAAGGCACUUGACUUGCAGCGGGGGACAAAUAGUUCUGAUUAAUAAUGAAAAGUGAAAGGAGCUCAUUUAAUGAUUCUUACAGUAUUGCAAAGUAACAGUAGCAGUCUACUAAUCAAAACAUAUCUUUCAUUAGUAUGAUUCUGCAAGAAUACUAAGUAGCGGUUGCUAUGGGUUACAGAACAAUAUUGCCCUUUGCACCACACUAUUAAUCAAGUCCCAGUAUUUCUAAAUUUUUAGUAUAGAAAUUUGAAUUAAAUGUGACCUAUCAUCCAAAUAUGCUUUAAUAUGAUGUCUAAAUAUAAUAAAUCAUUGCCAUUUACUGUAAAGUCAACCAUGCAUAAUAUCUAUUGGUUUUAUGUAUUGGUUUAUCCAUUGAUAUGUUUAAUAUCAUUUUUAGAGCCAACAAUUGUCACAUUUAUUGCUACUGGUUAGUUGUGAUUUAGUCGCUGACUAAAAUUAUUUACUGAUAUAAUAAGAAUCGCUUACAACAUAACUUUAAAGUGUUACCAAAAUAUUAAGGGAAAUGGGACCUCAUAAAAACAAAUCUAUAGAAAAGUAUUUGAAAUAAUAUUUUGAUUGCACAUAUUUUGUUUAAAAACAAUCUGUAGUCCUUUUUCUUUUCUUUAUCCUUCACUUCAGUUUUCUGUCUGAAAUGUUAAAAAUCACUGGACAGCAUUCGAGUUUAUUACACCUCCGUUUGGGAUAUGUGCAAUUACUGCAUUGAUUUUGAAUAUAUAGAUUUAGAAAAUCACAAAUUCUGAAUAAUUUUGUCUGUUUCCCAAACUACCAUAUAAAAUGUGCCUUAUUUUUUUACAAUUCUUACAAUUUUUAUUGACAAAUGCAUUGUUUUCUGAGGGGAUAAGUUUCUAUUUAAAGUUUAAUAUGUACAUUUAUUGUUUGGCAUAAUCUAGAGCCACCAACUUCAUAGGGGUAAGGUUUUGUAAGCUGAAUGUGUUCUUAUGUGACAGUGAAGUCUGUGGUUGGCUGACUGUUCCUUUUUGUAAAACACCAUUUUAAACAGCAAAAUAUAGUUGCAUUAAUGCCAAGGAACUAUCAUAUUUUGUUUUUGUUUGUUUUUUGCAAUUACCAAUUGCUUUCCAUAUUUUGUGCCAUAACAUUUGCUGUGUCAUCUACAGCAAAUUUUAAAGAACCUUUCCGGUUGUAGUGUCCGUGCAUGGCAUGUUAGUACUUACCAACUGUUCUUGUAGUUUUACAAAAAAGAACUACAAGUUGCUUACUAGCUGCUAUGGAUAGUGGAACUACAAGUAUCAACCAUGCUAGUUCUUGCAGUUUAUUAACAGUUGGCGAGCCGCAGGUUAACUACCUAAUCUAGAAUAUUUUCCCAAAAAUGUUAGCAUGUAAAGCGGACCUGUGACCUACAUAAAAUGGAGCCAAUUCCUUUUGGUAAGGCGUAUGGGGCCCAUCAUUGUAUUAUGAUCCAAUAUCUCCUAAAUACAAGUCUUUGGGUGGUAUUCAAAUGAUAUAUCACGCCCAAUAUACUUUCUAAAGUGUUCCCCGUUAUUGCGCAUAUUGUGCCCAUAGUAAUGGGGGGUAGCAAGCUGAAAUGAUUAUACCACGCCCGUUAGCAGAAACAGAAUGGGAGUGGAAGGGGGUGAAAAGAAUUGAAUACCACCCUUUGUCUGUUAUAGGUUGUGCCUCGGUGAUGUAGUUUGUUCAUAGCAAAUGGAUAAGCUUUAUAUAUACCGGCACAAUAUUAGGGUAUUCUUUCUAUGUUAGUGGCAGGUCAGUAUUUCGCUUUUUUUAUUACAUCUCACACAUUCUAAAAUUUUUGAACAAUCCUCAUGCUUUUUAGAAGUCAGUGAAUAAAUUCACAAAUAUGCGACUUCAGACAGUAUUUUCCAUUGUUGCCCUGUUUCCCCAACUGUAUCUGCAAUGUUUGCAGGUGGGCAAGUAUGACGGCAUUUUCAUCCGUUUCACUCACAUAUCGUGCCAUAUAUAUAAAUAACAGUGAGAUGAAUACCACAUAAUCUGUACGAAGGACAUACUGUCAAUGCUCUUUAUUUUUCCCCUGUUGGGUUAGGAUAAACCCCUCCCUCCCCUCCCCUCCGCGUUCUGCAGAAUGUGCUAAUGAAGUGUUUCAUGACAUGUUUGCUUGAAGGUAUUCCUUUUUUAUUUUUGAAACGGUGGUUCUCAAACUCUGUCCUCAGGGCACCAAACAGUUCAUGUUUUCCAGGUCACCUGUGGAUCUUUAAAAUGUUGCUGUUGCUGGGUGGUUUAGAAAAUGUGAGCUGUUAGGGGUCCUGAGAGUUGAGAAACACUGUGCUAUACUGAUUAAAGAAAUUCAUUGUUUUUACUUGCUGUCAAAACUACAACCCUUAGUGAGGAUAGCACCAGAAUCAGUAUCUUCUAAUCAACAUUAGUAAAGGAAAUAAACCUGGGGGUGAGAAAUAUUUACAGUAUCAAAAAGGAAACUGCUGAGGACUUAGGGUUCUGUUCAUGAAGCAGUAAAAAUUAUGGAGAAGUGAGCCAGUGGAGAAGUUACCCAUGGCAACAAAUCAGCUGCUCUGUAUAAGUUUAUACUAUGCCAAUUAUAAAUGUUACUUCAAUGCUGAUUGGUUGUCAUGGGCAACUUCUCCACACUUUUCACUGCUUCAUGAAUAGACCCAAUGGAGAGUUAUCAAAGCUUGGAGAGAGAGAGAGAAAGUACCAAUCUAUCAGCUCCUAACUGUCAUUUUUCAAGCACAGCUUGUAAAGGGACUGGAGCUGAUUGGUUGGUGCUAUACUUUCUCUCUCCAGUCUUUGCUAAAUCUCCCCCUUCAUCACAGUAUGAGUGGGGAACAGUGUUUUCAAUCAAUUACGAUUGGAAAUGUACAGUAUUUUUUGAGCAUAUUAUCUGGAUUUUAGGAACAUAUUGAAUGAAGAAAUGAGUCUCAAACAUGUGAUUUCUUAAGUCUUAUUAUGUCUUCUUACUACCAGGAAAUUCAUUAUUCUGGCUCCCAUAUUUAAUAAUGACAAUUAUGAAGACUGUUCCGUUUUCUUUAAAAUUCUAUCAAUGAGUCUAUCAUGCUAUUGUUGAUUUGUUUUUUUGUUUGAUCUGCAUUUUUUUUAAAUUGAUUAAAAAUCUUUUGAUAUUUUCUCUAAUGGUUUUUUCAUAUGAACUGAGAGUUGUAAAAUAUUAAAAUUAUCUUUAAUAAA